AUGUCCCAACUCACGAAACGCGUCAAGAUCUAUACGUCUCUAGACGUCGCCACACACGCAAAAGACACGGACUGUUGGGUAUCCCGCAAUGGCAAAGUGUACGACGUGACUCCGUUUUUGGCGGAUCAUCCAGGAGGAGACGACCUCAUCCUUCGCUAUGCGGGCAAAGACUUGGGUGAUAUUAUGGCCGACAAGAGUGAGCACGACCACUCGGACUCUGCUUACGAAAUGCUGGAAGAGUACGUGAUUGGCCGACUUGGGACCGACGCGCUCACUGUCAGUGACGACUGGGUGGCCACGGAUGACUUCCAUCCAGACGACACUGACACCGCGGCCGACUUUGAAAAGGCCCAAUUCCUCGAUUUGCGCAAACCAUUGCUGCGUCAAGUCUGGGAAUCCAACUUUAGCAAAAGCUUUUAUCUUCAGCAAGUUCAUCAGCCUCGACAUGUUAAAGAGUCUGCCAGAUUGUUUGGGCCCGACUAUCUCGAAGUGUUUACCAGGACGACGUGGUAUGUUGUCCCGAUCGUUUGGCUCCCCAUCGCCAGCGCGCUAUUCGUGAGGUCUGCGAUGCAAUUCAGCGCACCUGGUUCGGUUCCGCCUCUGUCUACCACGGCGAGAACACUGUUCUCAGGUGCCAACUCAACCUAUACUCCUGGAUUCGCUGGUAUCAAUGCCGGGGUUGGAAUCACUAACGCAGCACUUGCGAAAACUGCAACCUGCUUCUUGCUUGGAAACGUCAUCUGGACCAUUCUCGAGUACGCAUUGCAUAGGUUUCUGUUCCAUAUCGACGAACUAUUACCGGAUCGUCCGUUUUUCUUGAUGUUGCACUUCUUGUUGCACGGAAUUCACCAUUAUUUACCUAUGGAUAGGCUACGCCUUGUGAUGCCCCCCAUUCUUUUUGCUGCCCUGUCCUUCCCAUUCACGAGGCUUGCAUAUGUGCUGUUCCCAGUCUCAGUUGCAAACGGGAUCAUUUCUGGCGCAUUCGGUUUCUACGUAUUGUACGACUGCAUGCACUACGCCCUUCACCACACCAAACUUCCACAAUACAUGCGUGAGAUGAAGAAGUACCAUCUCGCACAUCACUACAAGAACUUUGAACUCGGUUUUGGAGUUACCAGUGAGUUUGCGUAUCUCCUAUUGCACCAUAUUCUCGUCCUCCCGUUCCACCCUAUUUUCGGAACGGCCUCUCACCAGUGGCCGACCGAGUAUGGUCGGCCAAAGAUCGAACCAUCACCACUCCGGCUCCAGCUCCAUUUCAAUUAUACAUUCGUCAUCAUACUAACUCACUUAUUCGUAUUCGUAGGUAAAAUAUGGGACUACGUAUUCAACACUGUCCUUCCUGUUUAA